AUGGACAUCGCGGACUAUAAAAGGUUCUGGAAAUCUAAGACCGUCAGCUUUCGGGAUCAGUUAAGCUCCGGUGAAGAUCUUACAGCACAGUCUUUGGAUCAAAAGUCAAAGAUGAAGUCAGUCGUUGCCCUCAUGUUCGUCUUCGUGGCUGUGGCCACUGCCAACUACAAUGACUACCUGCUUGGAAAAACUUCCCCCGUGUACGGCAACGCCAACCUUGCUCUCAGGAACCGCUUCGUCCGUUAUCACAAACAGCUUGUGAAACCAGCAGCCCCUGUCGUCACUCGUGUGGUCUCAAAAGUUCACCCACGUGUGGCCACUAGAGUUCUCCCAGUCGCUUCGUCCGUUCUCCCAGUCGCUUCCCGUUUGAUCCCAAGAGUUCGCUCAGUCGCUUCAUCCGUUCUCCCAGUCGCUUCCCGUUUGAUCCCAAGAGUUCGCCCAGUCGCUUCACGUGUGGUUUCAAGAGUUCUCCCAGUCGCCCCACGUGUGGUUCCAAGAGUUCCCCCACGUGUUUUGCGACCAGUGGUUGCAGGCCCAAAACACGUCAUCGACGCCCCAACACUCAAAUAUAACGAGGAAUACAUGUACCGUGGAAAAUACGGCGGAGUCUGCGCCUACGACGGUAUCUACGCCAACGCUGACGGCUUCUCUCUAACAUUCUGUUCCAAUGGAAUCGCCACUGUGCAGCACUGUGCUCCAGGUAGCGCUACCAGCGGUCUCGAUCUGGUGCCAGGAAACGCCUACCGCGGUGCUGCCAUCUGUGACAUCAACCUCAACGACAUAUACGCCG